GUUCCCUAAUUAAAAAUGCAAUCUCAGAACUCCAACGGUAACUCAUCUUCAGCCAUGAGUCAAACAAGCACUGCACCACUCCAGGAGGAGAAAACUCUCGAUAACGCAGCCCCAGCCAUGCGCCCUUCAACUGCUGCAUUCUUCAAGAAGGAGAAGGCUGUUAAGUCUUUGACUGCGACUACCUCUGUGCCUACUCAGGCCAUGCGCCCUUCCGCGGCAGCUUUUUUCUAUUCGAACAAGACUGAUGGCUCUAUGAGCAUCACUGCGCCCAAGCACAAGUACAAGCCUAAGCCACUUGUUGAUCUGAGUGCAUUGACGCAGCACCCCUCUAUCACAAUUAUCGACAACAAGGAGAUCUCAAUUUUCAUUGAGCUAUGUCCCUUCACGGAUGAUAAGCCAACUGAUAUGUUGGCUCUUCGUGCCGCAUUGCCAGAAUACAAGUCCGUCAAGAAGUUGACGAUCAAGAUCCAUGCACCAUGGCCCCGUACAGAGCCUAAGGAGUGGUACAACAAUCGUGUUAGCUGCACAAAGAAGCUGUUCGCAAUCAUCGACACAUUCGACCUGUAUAAACUCAAGGUCACAAUGUCUAUUGAUGGAUGUAACUUCCCUCAGAUGAAGUUAGCGGCUGCAAUCCACACGUUAAAAUUCAAGAAGUGGCAGCUAUACUACCAGGUCUAUGAUGAAGCCAACAAGUCUGAGGGAGAUGAGAUCAAGAUAUUUCGCGGUAGCGAAUAUGACCUCAGACUUCGGGGAGUCUGGAAAAAAGAGUUUCUGACCUAAGUUCAAAUGGAAGCUAGGUAGUACAUCAAUAACUGGGGGAGGGAAGUUACUCAACGUCAACAAUUGCGGUUGGCAAUGAGAAGAGAUGACCAUAGACAUGUUUACGGGAUGAUGAAGUGGUGUUUACGAUAUGAUUCUUGCGGGGUCCUUUUUCUUCUUUUUGUUUGCUGUGCAUCUGGAGACAGUAGCUAUGCUGUAUGCCCUUUCAUACAGGGAAUAAUGGUCAACAGGGAUCAAUUUUCUGUAGACAGAAAAUGAAUUCGCCUAUUCUAAGCGUAACCACAACAACUGGAUAUAUGUGUGAGAAGUGAAUUUUGAAACCUAUUACAUAAGUAUGACCA